UCAACAUUAAUAAUGAAGAGAUCUUAACCUAUUUAUUCGUUAGUUUCAAUUAAUAAUCUUCACAAAAUUUUACGAACCAAUUGAUAAAAUGUCUAAUAAAUUUUUAUACUUUGCAUAUGGAAGCAAUAUGUUAAUGAAAAGAAUACAUAUUAAUAAUCCAACUGCAAUACGAAAAGAUAUUGGUUUUUUAAAGAAUUUCAGAUUAGAUUUUUUAACACAUUCAAAAAGAUGGGGUGGAUGCUCAGCAACAAUUGUACCCACGAAAGAUUAUAUUGUAUGGGGAGCAAUUUGGGAAUUAGAUGAAUGUAAUAUGUGUACUUUAGACAAUCAAGAAGGUGUUGCAGAUAAAUUAUACUUUCCAUUAAUAGUUGAUAUAGAAACAGUUACUGGUAAAAUAUUAAAAUGCAGAGUGUACCAACAAUGCAAAAAUCCAGAUGAACAUAUAAAAUUACAUUUACUACCAAUACACAGAAGACCUUCACCUUUAUAUUUAGAAACAAUAAUAAAAGGUGCAUAUGAAAGUCAUUUACCACAUGAUUAUAUUAAAUUCUUAGAAACAAUACCACCUAAUGGAUAUAUGGGAGAAUAUGAUAUUGGACUUCCUUUACAAGAAGUUUAGAUUCAAGAAUCUUAUGAUUCUUUAAAUGUUUCUGGACAAGAGGAUCAUUCUCUAUUAAGUUAAGAGCUGACUCAAGUGAUAAUUUAUCUAUUUCAUAUUUGAAUAUUUUAAUUGUUGUAUACAAUACACCAUUUAUCUGAUAAUAUAUAAAAUAUUACAAUUAAUGAUAUAUUUAUAUAAAAAAUUUAGAGUUUUAGAAAUUGUUCUCAAUUUUUAUAAAAUAUAAUUGUUAUAUAAUUGUAUCAUAAAUAAUAUAAUGUAAAUUCAUAUAUGAUAUAAUAAAAUAAAAAUAUAAAUGCUUUAAAUAUUUUAAAUUUACCUUGACUGAUAAUUUCAUUUUAUAAUUCAUAUCUAUUUCUGGCCAUUUUUGUUCUAGAACAUCUCUAUCUAAUUUUAUUUCAUCUUCAUUUAUAAGAUGAUAUUUUGCCGCAGAAAAUGCUGACCAUAAUUCUGAAGCGAAAUGUGGUGCAAAUGGUGCAAGCAUUAUAAUUUGAACUGCUAAUGCACGUUCAUAUUCGCGACUUUUUUUCAUACAUUCCACAGAUACCUUA